CCACAAAGGUUAUUGUGGCAUCACAACAAUACUUUCCCCAAGUGAUGAUACAGAUUUCAGUCUAACACAGACAUCAAAGCCGUCUCUUGCCCUUUCCAGAUUCACCACCACCCACUCAACCCAAUACACAGAAAAAAGAAAUAAACUCAUAUCAUAUCACACACACACAGACCCAUCAUGAGAGGACAAGAACAAGAAGAACAACAACUCCUUUAUUAAUUUAAUAAAGGGACAAGGAUGAAAAACCAGGAAGAUCAAGGAAAGUGUUCAUCUUCUCAAGCCAUCAAUAACAUUCACAGCUAUCAAGAACAGCUUCUUCUUCACCAAAUGAUGCAGCAACAGCUAAACGCCGACGUUUUCGGAGGUAAUUCUGAUAACAACAACAACAACAACGAAAGAGGAUUGAUGUUUCCUGAGGUUUCUCCAAUCUUUCAUCCGCCGCCGCCGCAGCAGCCGCCAUGGUCUCUCCCUCCGGUUCACUCGUUCAACCCGGUCCGAGACACCGACCACCAGUUCUUGGUCCCUCCGCCGUCAUCUUCGCUCUACCCGGGUCUCUUCAACCGCAGGGUUCCUUCCCUGCAGUUCGCUUACGACGGUCCGUCCAAUUCCGAUCACCACCAUCUCCGGAUCAUUUCCGACACCCUCGGUGUCGGACCCGUCGGGGGUCAACCCAGCUCAGCUCCCUUCGGCCUCCAAGCCGAGCUUGGCAAGAUGACGGCUCAAGAAAUCAUGGACGCCAAGGCUCUCGCGGCCUCAAAGAGCCACAGCGAAGCCGAAAGAAGACGCCGCGAGAGAAUCAACAACCAUCUCGCCAAGCUUCGAAGCUUAUUGCCCAACACAACCAAAACAGACAAAGCUUCGUUACUAGCAGAAGUAAUCCAGCAUGUGAAGGAGCUGAAGCGUCAAACUUCAAUAAUAGCAGAAACAAGCCCGGUGCCGACGGAGGCCGACGAGUUGACGGUGGACGAUGCUUCCGACGAGGACGGCAGGUUCGUGAUCAAAGCCUCGCUUUGCUGCGAAGACAGGUCCGAUCUCUUGCCGGAUCUCAUCAAAACAUUGAAGGCCCUAAGGUUGAAAACAGUCAAGGCAGAGAUCACCACGCUCGGCGGCCGCGUGAAGAACGUCUUGUUCAUGACCGGAGAAGAAGACGAGUUGGGCUGCGGUGGCGGCGGAAGCCAGGAACAGAGACAGCAUCAGCACUGUAUAAGCUCCAUACAAGAGGCUUUGAAGGCAGUGAUGGAGAAGAACGGUGGAGGUGAUGAGAAUGGGAAUGUGAAGAGGCAAAGAACUAAUAAUAAUAUCAAUAUCCUCGAACAAAACAGAGAGAGGGAACGGAUCCUUUUCGUGAAAAGAGAAACCUUAGAUAAAGUCCCAACAUAGAAAAUGAAGUGUUGAUGAUGGCUCUGUGAAACCGAACCCAAAUGUUUUCAAGACACUCAGCAGCUGGGCAUUCCUGUAAUAUUGUAAUGAACACUUGUACUCUCUCUCUCUCUCUCUAUACCAUUGCAUGGCAUUAAUGUGUGUUCCAAUCUGGGAAGGCCACGAUUCAGUUAUCAUCAUGGAUCGGCUGUGUACGUUCACACCACAGAUCACCUCGGGCCCCAGUACUCAUGGGUGAUUCAAUACCAAAAGAAACCAACCGGUCAGUUGGA